AACUCCCGCGUCGUGAGAACUACAACCGUCAAAGGCCGCCGCCGUCAAAUUCAGCAGUCCAGACCCAUUAUGGGACGAUGGUGGAUGACGUACUCCGAGGUGUACACCGAGCCGAGUCGGAUGCCAACAGCCACUCGUUUCGUCGCGCGCGCCAGGUCGCUGGUCCUCAUUCCCAUUCUCCAUUCCCACUCCGCAGAUUUCUCCAACGCCGCUGCUCUCCACGGUACCGACUCUCUGCUUCCGAAGAAGAGUCCGCCUCGGCUCUCCAGCAUCUCUUCUUCUGUCUCCUCACUGCCCGGUCGCUCCCCUCCGUCGCCAUGGCUCGCGUCGUUCUCGUUGCGCUCCUGGCGUUGAUUCUCUUCGCGCAGCUCGGAUCCGCCCUCAAGCGACCCGGACGGCCCCGCUUCAAGAACAUUCCUGGUGCUAAGAAUAUCGUCGUCCCAGCAUCUUCACGCAUGAUCACACUCUACGACAAUCUCGACUUUAACUACAACGCUUCAGACUUCACCACUAGACGCGGCAUGACGGGUCUCUGGUCAGAUAGCGCUCUCACAAAUAAGGUCGGGCAGAUCAACAUCGUGGCAGAAAGCAUGUUUGACUACAAUGACGUCGUCAUGUUCACCGCCAGUCUCAAUUUCGGCAUCGGAUAUGUCGCCGCCUCAGCUGCCGACAAGUGGACUGAUAAUUGGGUGGAUCUCGCCGUAACGGGGGCGACGGGCAGCUUUACGAGGUUUAGGUCCGGCACGCUCCGCAUCUACAAGCUAACCGGCAGCACCAACGUGCGGGACAGCAAAGGCCACUAUCUCGAGCUCUCUUCGCUCGAUUAAAAGAGCCUGGUUGCGCAGAGCACUGACGCCUCGCAUCGUCUCACGCGUUUUGAAGACGUCUACUGGUGCGGGCUGGAGACCAGCAUGUGGGUGGGAUGGUUCGUGACUUGCGAAUGUGAGCAUUUGGUUUUGAGUGGGGUGCAUCGAGCGGGUGAGAACAGUGCGUUGUCCUGGGUGUUGCUGUGUGGUGGGCUGUGGUUGAGGAGUAGUUGUCAUCAGGGAAAUAAAGAUACGAGAACUUUGGAUAUGUGAUUAUACGGUCAAAAAGCAGAUUAGAGCCACGUAUAUGUAGUGCUCUUGGGUGCUGCUCUUGGUAGUGCUCUUGGGUGCUGCUCUUGAGUGCUGCUCGUGUCACUGAACCGCAGAGCGUGAUGGUUUUGAACGCAUUAACGG